UUCAUCAGUACAUGUAUCAGUGAUAGUUAUUGAAAUCGGAAAUGUGAUCUACGAGUUUUAUUUUUUUAGUUUUUAUUUUCUUAUUUUGUAAGAAAUGGCGUUCCUUAGUCACAUCUUUACCAGACAAACGGAGAUGGCACGUUAAAUACAAACAACGUAUAAAUGGAUAUAAACCUAAAUAUCCUUAACAAAGUCAAAUUUCUUAUGAUCUUGAUAGUGAAAUGGAAAGGAUUACUGACAUGUCCACCAGCGGAAGAGGGUAAGCCGUACGCUAUUUCAAGCACCUGGAAAAUAAAUCCAGAAAAUGCUAUGAGUGUUUCAUGGAGAAAGGACGAAGCUUCGAUAGGCUUUUGUGACUUUUCCUUAAAUUGCAGGAACUAUUUAAAUGGCAUUUAUUUUGUAACAAUGAAUAGGACCUCAAAUGACACUUUGACAUCCGAUGUCUUUAUAAAAAAUGUAUCUCUUUCUGAUGAAGGACUAUGGAGGUUAAUAUACAUAGGUUUGGACAGCCUUGAAUUGCCAGAAAUAUUCAACUGUACAUUAAAAGUUUAUGCUAGAGGUAAAACAGAAAAAUGCAAUUAUCAGAUGGGUUCACUUUAUAUCUAUAUAACCUGUAGUGUGACACGAAUUUAUCCUGCUGCAUCAUGCCUGUACCAAAACGUUAAGAAUGAAACAGGAAUAGGAAACGUAACACAUUCAAAACACAAUUCGACAAAAAUUCACUUUGAAGUUAAAUGUGAAAUAACGUUGCCUCUAUCGAAGUUAAUUAGCUCUAAUAACUUUUACAACAUCUCUGUGACUAUAUAUCCCAAUGUAACCAACACGGAUGACGAUGUAAUAUAUGGAAGCCAGCAGGUCAUCAGCGGUGUAAAAGCACUUAAAGCUAAUACGAAUCUGUCUCUUGAAAAUUGUCCUGAUGAGGUGGAAGAGGAUAUCCAGAUAGAGUGCACAUGCAAGUCUUCAUUGUUUCCUUCAGACUCGGUUCUUUGGUUUAACGGCCCCGAUGUUGUAUAUAACGAAUUCAAUAAUGUUCUUACUUUUACAGCAAAAAUAAAACCAAGGGAAACAUUUACAUGCAGACUACUAUCUGAAAAGAAUAUUACACUUGAUUAUGUUGAAUUCAGUCCUAAAGUUCUACAAAAAGGCAGUAUUGUGCCUGUUAGGCUGUAUAUCAAUGGGCGAUUCCAGAAAGAUUCCUAUGUGUCAGUUGGCUACAAUACAAAUGUUUACGUUGAAUGUGUGACGUAUGGAUUCUUUGCUAAAGUUUCAUGCGACAAAUACUUCAAAGACAUCGCCACAGGUCUCAGUACAUGUCAAAAUGACAAUGGCUACUGCCACAUGACUUUUAAAAUUGAUUUGACCAUGCACCUAAGAAACUGUACGUGCAAAGCUAUAUCUUGGCCAGGGAAAGUCUCUACAGAAAAGCAAAUGGUCUUUUAUGUCAUAGGUAUUAAAAAUUACCUUGAUUGUAUAGUAUUUUUUUAAGUAUUG